AACCCCAAACAAACAUUAUUCUUCAUUUUUCACUCAAAUCUCUCUCUCUCUCUCUCUCUCUCUCUCUCCGUGUUCUUCUAUUCUUUUAUUUAAUUGUAUCAUUCACAGAAAAAAAUGUCCACUGACCUCGAUCUCCGACGGACAUUGCUGGAAAUCGUCCGCCGUCCACCGAUCAAGCUUCAAAUUCCACUCCCGUCGACGUCAAUGGCCGGCGAUCAUGGCGGUGUGAUAAUUCAGAAAGACAGAAUUACCGACGAAGAAGAAGAAUUAUGUUGCCGUACACCGACGUCGGCAGAGAACAAGAUUCCGGCGGUGGUACAAUGUCCGCCGGCGCCACGGAAGCGGAAGAGACCGCCGAGUUGUAGAAGAAGAUUAAUGGAGCUUGAAUUCGUGGAGAUCGUGAAUAGAGAAGAGAUCGAACCGUAUUUAAGAUCGAGUUUCGAUCAUGAAGACAGAGUAAGAAAAUCAGCGAAAAGAAGCUUCUGCGAAUGUAAAUGAAAAUGAAUCGAUCCAUUACUAUUUCAUCAAA